UAUAUCCAUAGUCGCCGGGGUUAAUUUAUCAUUGCAUAAGAUGUAUUGAGUUUCGUUUAUUAUUGGUUUUCCAAUCGACUUAAUUGCCUAUUUAAUUCCACUAUUUAUUGUGAAAUUAUUUUAACUUGCUGAUAUAUAGCAUAGGUUGUACAUUACAAACUGUUGGUAAUUUUAAUAUAAUCAAUAAAAUCAGUGAACUACUUUGUAUACCAAAAAUCCAAAAUAUAUUUUUUUGUUAACCUGUAAAGCUAAUUUAACAGAUAUUGAGCUAUUUUAUUUGAAAAUCACAAAAGAUACUUGUAAAAAAAUAAUUUGAAACUUGUUAUGAACGUGAAUUAAAAGUCACGUGUUUUAUUUAACCCGUUUUUCAAUAACAUUAAAGUAAAUCAAUUAGUGAGAUAAGCCGCACGAUUAAGAUAGCCCAAACAAAGAUGAUCAUUCAAAAAAUAGUUUCGGCGCAGUAUGUUUUUGUUGUACCCCUCGUACUCCAGAAAGAUAUAGCUAUUGAUAGCAAUGAAUUUUGUUGUAGAGAUAAUUAGCAAUGCAAAUGUUGGGAACCACCCGAAGCCGGUGUAAAGGUUAUGCUCACGCGGUGCUACCAAAUGGUUUAAAAAGCGUGAUACGAGCUGCAAUUUCCAGCAUUUGCGCUCCCGUUGCCAUACAGUUUGCACAAUUUUUUUUAAAUAGCAGAAUGUUUUUAGCAACCGCACUUUCGGCGUGUGUGCUGCUUGUUGCAGUACAAGGCAACCCAUUGCCAUCGAAGUGGGAUCUUUACGCGCAGUCCGUUUUAAGGGCAAGGCAAGCGAGCUUGGGUUAUCCUGUGAAAUCACUUGGAACUAGCUGGAAUCCUGACUCUAAGGUUAAUCCAGAAGAACUCGGUCCGUAUUACCAAGGCGAUAUUCUCACCAUACCUGACGGAGAUAGAAAUGGUCUCACUAACACCGCGUUCAGGUGGUCUGGUGGAGUUGUUCCUUAUGUGAUCUUGGACGGCGUUUUUUCCGCCACUGAACUGCAAUAUCUCAGAGAUGCAAUUGAUUCGUACCACCAAAACACUUGCAUCACUUUCGUCCCCUACAAUGGAACGCAAACUGACUAUGUAGUGAUUCAAGGCGAAGAUACAGGGUGCUGGUCGACGGUCGGAAGGAAGGGUGGAGUGCAGUAUCUUAAUUUGCAUCCUCCAGGCUGCAUAAGGAGGGCUGGAACCCCUAUCCACGAGUUGAUGCACGCCCUUGGCUUCCAUCAUGAGCAAACUAGAACCGAUCGAGACGGUUUCGUGAGCAUACUCUGGGAAAAUAUCGAGAUUGGUCACGAGCACAACUUUGAAAUCGCACCAGACACAACUGCAUUUGGCAUUUCGUACGAUUUUGGCAGUGUCUUGCAUUACUCUGAGUCAUCAUUCUCUGUGAACGGUUUACCAACAAUUGAAACGAAACCUGCUGGAAUUCCGAUCGGUCAGAGAGAUGGACUCAGCCAGUCGGACAUCGACAAAAUUAACAUUAUGUACAACUGCCCCGCAAAGAAGUAGUUAAAUACAAAAAUAAACGUUUCAGAACAUUGCAAAA